AUGACCCUGUCGGGCGGCGGCAGCGCCAGCGACAUGUCCGGCCCCGCCGUCCCGGCGGCCGAGGAUGUGGAUAUCGACGUGGUGGGCGAGGGCGACGACGGGCCGGGCAAGGACAGCGAGGGCGAGGCCGGCAGCCCCGCCGCCCUGCCGCGCCUGCCGCUGGACGAGGCGGCGGAGCUGGCGCUGCCCGCGGAGGCGGGCGCGGAGAGCGGCAGCAGCGGCAGCGGGAGCCCGGCCGGGACGGCCCCCGGCGGCGCGGCCGAGGGCGGCAAGGGGGGCGGCGAGGAGGGGGCGAGCGGCGGCGGCGGCGGCGGCGGGGCAGCGGGGCAGAGCAAGCCCAAGAGCAGCCUGGUGAAGCCGCCCUACUCGUACAUCGCCCUCAUCACCAUGGCCAUCCUGCAGAGCCCGCAGAAGAAGCUGACGCUCAGCGGCAUCUGCGAGUUCAUCAGCAACCGCUUCCCCUACUACCGGGAGAAGUUCCCCGCCUGGCAGAACAGCAUCCGCCACAACCUCUCCCUCAACGAUUGCUUCGUCAAGAUCCCCCGGGAGCCCGGCAACCCGGGCAAGGGCAACUACUGGACGCUGGACCCGCAGUCCGAGGACAUGUUCGACAACGGCAGCUUCCUCCGCCGCAGGAAGCGCUUCAAGCGGCACCAGCAGGAGCACCUGCGGGACCAGACGGCGCUGAUGAUGCAGGGCUUCGGCGCCUACGGCCUGGCCGGACCCUACGGCCGCCCCUACGGGCUGCACCCCGGCGCCUACACGCACCCCGCGGCGGCCGCGGCCGCGCUGCAGUACCCCUACAUCCCCCCGGUGGGGCCCAUGCUGCCGCCCGCCGUGCCGCUGCUGCCGUCCAGCGAGCUCAGCCGCAAAGCCUUCAACUCCCAGCUCAGCCCCAGCCUGCAGCUGCAGCUCAACAGCCUGGGCGCCGCCGGCUCCAUCGUCAAGUCGGAGCCCAGCAGCCGCCCGUCCUUCAGCAUCGAGAACAUCAUCGGCGUGCCCGCCGCCAGCUCGGCCGCCAGCGCGCAGACUUUCCUGCGGCCGCCGGUCACCGUGCAGUCGGCGCUCAUGGCCCACCAGCCGCUGGCGCUGGCCAGGACCACGGCGGCCAUCGCGCCCAUCCUCAGCGUGCCUACCAACAUCAUCGCGGGCCAGUUCCUGCAGCCCGCGGCCCCCGCCGCCGCCGUGCAGGCCAAGUGGCCCGCGCAGUAG